AUGGCAACUAGUCUAAUAAAUAAAAAUAGUUCAAUCGAAGAUAAAAUACGAGAAUUCCAAGCCGGAAUAGAUUAUGUUUUUGAAGAGGAAAAAUAUCAUGCCCCACAAACAGUCGGAGAAAAAAAGCACGGCACAAUGGAUAUCAGAGGAUACACACAAAAAUCCUACAAAAUAUUGUCACCUGAAUUAAAAAAACUCCUGCGGGAAAUUUUAACCAAAAAAGCCGCCAUCCUCAUGUCCUUUGACUUCAAAGGGGAAGGAACAGUUAACGAACAUUUUCGUAAUGACAAGCCUAACAAUUAUUAUUGUCAAACUGACGACGAAUUUGGUUAUCAAAUUGUUUUACGAGAUGAAAGAGAAGACCAGCCGGCACAACUUUCCAUUUGA